AUGAGCUACCAAAUCCCACAAAAGCUGUGGUCACAGCUACACCACUUUGCGAGCUUCCCCCAGACAGGCAUCUCGCUGCGGCAAAUGGUGCAGUUCGGUCGCAAUCCGAAUCCAGGCACGAUUCUCCAAGCAGGCAGCUUUCUGGCGGAAGAAUUGCCGAUUCGACUUGCACAUCGUGUCAAAGAGCUCGACGAAUUGCCGCAUGACCUGUCCAAGAUGCCUUCGAUCGUCAAGGUAAAGAAUUGGUAUGCUCAGUCGUUUGAAGAGCUUGUCAACUUUCCCAAGCCACGGCUCUCUGAAUCGGUGCAGAAGCUGCUACAGAAUGCGUCGAAAAACGCAGAGCCGCUCCCAGAAUCCAAGCCGAACCCGAGCUUGCUAGAAUCGGCCACCAUCACGGACAGCGACGCCGGCCUCGCCAAGGCGCUCGUUCCGAGAAACGGCAACGGCUCAAGAUCACGCGCGCUUCUGGAGCAUCGAUACUAUGCAAACUUGCCUGAUCAUCAAUGGCCUAGUGAAAUCGAGCAAUACAACGAAGAUUUCACAAAGGCGCUUGAAAAGAUCAAAAAGAGACACGACGCCGUUGUCACGACGAUCGCGCAGGGCGUGCUGGAAUACAAGCGUUCCAGAAAGCGCAACACGCUUCAGGCCGACGUGCAAUCGUUCUUGGACCGCUUCUACCUCUCUCGUAUUGGCAUUCGCAUCUUGAUUGGUCAGCAUAUCGCGCUCAGUCGUUCAUCACAACGUCCUUCUUCGAAGCUCAUCGGAAGCGGCAGCAGUAGCAGCAGCGGCGACUAUUCGCUCUCGGACCAGGUGGCGCGUGUCAAGGUGGAUGGCAACCAGGAGCAUGAGCAGUACGUCGGUAUCAUCUGCACCAACACCAACGUGGGAGCCAUGGCGCACGAGGCCAUCGAGAACGCGCGUUUUGUCUGCGAGGAGCACUACGGGCUGUUCAAAGGUCCCCCCGUCCAGCUCGUCUGUCCGCCAGAUCUGACGUUCAUGUAUGUGCCGAGCCACUUGAACCACAUGCUAUUCGAGCUGCUCAAGAACUCGCUUCGAGCUGUGGUGGAGCGGUACGGCGUCGAUCAGGAGGACAACUUUCCGCCUAUCAAGGUGAUUGUGGUCGAGGGCAAAGAGGACAUCACGAUCAAGAUUAGCGACGAGGGUGGAGGAAUCCCACGUAGUGAGAUGCCGUUGGUGUGGACCUACAUGUACACGACGGCUCAGUCGGAAGACUUGGAUCCCGAGUUCAACGCUUCCGACUUUAAAGCGCCCAUGGCUGGAUUUGGAUACGGUCUGCCACUGGCGAGGCUGUAUGCGCGCUACUUUGGCGGCGAUCUCAAGCUGAUCUCGAUGGAAGGGUACGGUACAGACGUAUACGUGCAUCUGAACCGACUGUCUUCGAGCAGCGAGCCGCUUCCGUAG